AUGGGUAAAAAAGUAAAGAAGGAAGAGUCUCCACCCAAGGAUGUGUUUGAUCCCUUAUUGAUUGAAAGCAAAGCACCAGUAACAGCUGUGCUAAUGCUUAGCUCGCCUGAAAACGAAGUUUUGACCAAAGCAUGUGAAGCUCUGUAUAAAUUUGCAUCAAAAGAUGAUGUAAACAAAGUGACACUUCUUGGUCUUGGAGCAUUGGAACAACUGUAUAAACUCAUCUCACAUGAAGAUCCAAUAGUACGCAGAAAUGCCAUCAUGGUAUUUGGCAUCAUGGCCUCUAAUCAUGAUGUCAAGAAGUUACUGAAAGAACUGGAUGUCACAAAUGCACUUAUAUCACAGCUGACGCCAGAAGAAGAUGUAGUUAUCCAUGAGUUUGCUACUCUAUGUUUAGCAUAUAUGGCUGUUGAAUAUACUGUUAAAGUAAAAAUAUUUAAGCAAGGUGGGUUAGAACCACUUAUCAGACUGCUAGGUAGUCCUGAUCCUGAUGUUAAGAAGAAUUCAGUUGAAUGUAUCUACCUUUUGGUACAGGAUUUUCAAAUCCGUGCUGCAGCUCGUGAACUGAAUUUAAUUCCACCCUUGGUGGGACUACUGCAAUCUGAAUACCCGGUCAUUCAGGUGUUAGCCCUUCGAACCUUAGAAGUAAUGAGCAAAGACAGAGAAACCAGGAUAAUACUGGGAGAGAAUAAGGGAUUAGAUCGCCUUGUGAAUAUACUGGAAAACAGUGAACUCAAUGAUCUACAUAUUGAAACUCUUGCUGUGUUGGCAAAUUGUCUCGAAGAUGUGCAGACUCUGCAGCUGAUUCAGACAACAGGAGGCCUUAAAAAACUACUUUCAUUUCUAAAAGUCUCAACUGUUCCUGAUAUUCAGAAGAACGCAGCAAAGGCAAUUACUAAAGCAGCUUAUGACUCUGAAAUCCGAAAAAUCUUACAUUGGGAGAAGAUUGAGAAAUUCCUCCUAAGCCUUUUGGAAGCUAAAAAUGAUGUCAAAAUUGCUGCUUGCCAAGCAAUUUCUGCCAUGUGUGAGCAUAUAGACAGUAAAUAUAUCCUUGGACUCGAGGGGAUUCCUCAGCUAGUGCAUUUGCUUAGCAGUGAYAAUGAAGAGGUAAAAGAAGCUGCAGUGACAGCAUUAGUUAAUUUGACAACAGCCAGUCCUGGAAAUGUAAGGGCUGUUGCUGAGGCUGAAGGAAUUGUGCCAUUAAUGAACACCUUGAAUGCCCAGAGGGAUGGAGCCAUUGCCAAUGCCAUUGCAGUGCUAAUAAAUCUGUCCAUGCAAGAGCCAUUGCGCACCACUAUCCAGAGCAAUGGGAUCAUGAGUGCCCUUGUAGGGCCACUGCACUCAACCAACAGCAAAGUGCAGAGCAAAGCAGCGUUUGCUGUGGCUGCCUUUGGUUGUGAUGCUAAUGCACGAACUGAGUUGAGAAGUGCAGGCGGGCUGGAACAACUCGUUAAAUUGCUGCAUUCUAAUAAUGACGAAGUCAGAAGAAAUGCCAGUUGGGCUGUUAUGGUCUGUGGAAGUGAUCAACUAACUGCUAUUGAACUAUGCAAUCUAGGUGCUUUAGACAUCCUAGAAGAAAUAAAUCUGUCAACAAAGCGUCAAAAUAAGUUUAGUGAAGCUGCUCUGGAAAAACUACUUGAUAACAAUCUUUCCCAAAAGUACAGCCGGAUGGGAUAUUUAUCAUCAAGUAAUAUCAUUGUUAAUGGAUUCUAUGAUUGUGGUCAGGUAAAACGUGGAGCAAGAUUUUUGACUUUGGAAGAACUAAGCAAGAAAGGGCUUACAGACCGUAGGGCCAUAAUCCUCAUUAAUGCUAAGCCCCAAGAAGAGUGAGUCAUGGUUGUAGAGAAAGUACAAGAUGUAUCACCAUCUGUUUCAAGAGCAAGCAGUAGAGAAAAAGGAAGAAAAGGGAAGGGGAAAAAAGAAGAGGAUAAAACAAAGGAAGUUACUGGAGUUACACCCAAAGUCCAGGAGGAAAUAAAUCUAGAACAUGCCCAAUGGGUACCACCACCUGACUUUAUUUUAAUGGAUUACAUUAAUGAAGCUUCCAAAACAAUUCUACCACUAACUACUACCCGGGAACAGAUUGUGGCUCUUGCACAGUUUGUYGCAGACAAGAUGGGUGGCUCUGUUGAAAAAGAGAAACUCCAUAACUACUGCUGGGAACUUCACAUAAGUGAAAUAGAAUUUGAACUGAAAAGCAACAUUGUGCCUAUUGGGAAAAUACAAAAAGGGACGUUCUAUCACAGGGCUUUACUUUUCAAGGCGAUAGCAGACAGAAUUGGCAUUGGCUGUAGUUUAGUUCGGGACAAGUAUAACAGAGCUUGGAAUGAAGUUAAAUUGGUUGAUGACUCUCCCAAAGGGCACCUGCUUCCUCCUCAAGAGUAUAUUGUAGAUCUAAUGUUUGAACCAGGCAGUUUGCUAAAACAAAGAAGUGCCAAGGCAGAUCAAUACAAACAGAUUUAA